AUUUGUGGAUGAAUAAUUUGUCGCAAAACGUUAUAAUCUCUUUUUGGAGCCCGAUGAGACGGAGCCAAACCCAAUCCAGAGCACGGCGAGGACGUCGUCGUGGUGUCGCCGCCGAGCCCUCGUCGGUCGCCAGCGCUGAGCGGAAGACGAUAGUGAAGGAGCGAGAAGAAGGUGAACAAUGGAUUCUCCGAUUCGGCAUUUGGAGAUUGCUAGGAUCGACGGAGAUGGAGGCGGCCGGCGAGGAGGAGCAAGACGGGCUCUCGAUCCACUCGGCCGGCCAGGGGCCGCCUUCCUCCGUUUCCUCCUUGCCUAAGUUCCAUCAGGAGCAAUCGCAAGUUGAAGUGGAAUUGAGGCUUUUAGAAGCUCUAGAAAUCUAUCCUCCUUCUCGAUUACAGGGCAUCCACCGUCAUUUUGUUCUUUACGGACUGAUGGAAUAUCUGCGGAAGAGCUUUGAUAGACAAUUCACAGCAGAGGAGGUAUUGCAGUUGUUGGAUCGUUUUUAUAAUCUAGAAGCAAUGAAACCAGAAGAGGAGGAAGCAGAGAUUUUAAACAAAGAGGAUGAUUUUUCAUUACCACAGAGUUUCUUCGACAAGGAUGAAUGACUUGUUCCAUUUUGAAAUCUGGUUUGCUCCUGCAAUGCCAUUGCCAACUGCUUUUUUUAUAGCAUGGGAAGGAGGGGUUGUUCCAUCGAAUAAGUUAUUUUCCUUUUGUUUUUGUUGCCAUUUCGUGAUCAAAUCUAAGAUUUUUAGUAGUAGAAAGGUUUAAAUUAAACUGACACUGAAGUUACUAAUUUUUACUCUUACUGGUGACUAUUUAUUAGUUUAUGACAA